AUGAGCACAAUAGAAGCUCUGUACAUCUUUGAUGAGCAAAACACACCACUCCUCGAGCACACGUAUAUUGGCCGUCCGCCAGCGAGUAGCACACUUCUGCCGCUCUACCUUGCACACCCCUCGCCGCGCCCGUCCUUGAUCUACCUACCGAAUACCAAUCCGCCUACGCUCCUCUACUCCAUCAUCCAAGACCAAUUGCUCUUCCUUUGCCCCUGCUCCUCCGAUACCGAAUCUCUCCAAGUCCUCGAGUUCCUCCACCGCGUUGCCGAUGUGCUAGAAGACUUCCUCGGUUCGCCUCUCCUUGCUGGCAAAAUCGAAGGUCACUACGAUGUCGUCGCACAGCUGCUCAACGAAAUGGUGGAUGGCGGCGUAAUAGCAUGCACGGAGCCGAAUGCGCUGCGAGAUGUUGUCGACGCGCCCAACUUUAUGAAAAGCUUGCUUGGAGGAGUAGGCCUGCCGAGUUCAACGCCGAGCUCAUUAACUCCUUCUUCCUCGCCCUUUUCGCUGGCUGCGAGGCCGAGCCCACGAUUGGGACCAUCGACUUCGCCACAGUCGACUUCGCCGGUGCCCUGGCGGAGGGCGAAUGUUCGGCAUACGUCAAAUGAAAUGUAUGUGGAUAUUGUGGAGACGUUGGAAGUCACACUUUCGCCGUCUGGUCGGCCACUGUCCGCAAUUGCCAAUGGGACGAUAGCCUUCACUGCAAAGGUCUCUGGCGUGCCAGAUUUGAUGCUUUACCUUGGAUGUCCAGGCGGUAUACAGAAUGCGGUUGCCCUACCUGUAUUUCACCCAUGUGUUAGGCUGAAUAGGUGGAAAGAACGGCCCGGGGAACUCUCCUUUGUGCCGCCCGACGGUCGGUUCGUUCUAGCUGGCUACGAAGUCGACCUACUUGGAUCUGCAGCACUGGAGUCAUUUUCUGCAUCAGCAACAGCAAAGUCGUUGCCAAAACUCAACAUCCCCGCCACCGUCUCGGUUCACCCAUCUCUUGGCCCUACAGGCUCAGAUUUCGAGGUCCGACUCCGACUCAACCCCCGCUUCACGGGGAAAUCAGCAAGCCCGCACCCAAGCACUGCGGCUGCAAAAGGUGGUCUAGGUCGAGGUAUGAGCGCCACAAGUUUUUCCUCGUCUGGCACGACAUCAGCACCUGCCAUUGAAGAAAUGGUUGUCCAUAUUCCUUUACCAUCUAGCGUUAGGAACAUCUCAGACUUGAGAGUGAUAAGAGGCAUAGGAGAUGCGGAGUACGGCCCUGGUGACCGAAUAAUAGAGUGGCGGAUAAGUAGCCGCGAAAUUAGUAGUCUCAUGUCUCAAAACCGAGGCGGUGAUAUCGGCGCGACAGCGACCCUCCGCGGCACUCUGAUCGGACAGGAGGACGAUUCCUCAGAUGCACUUGACAACGGUGGCCCGGUGUCUUUCUCAGCUAGCACAUAUGACUACGACGACGACCAGACAUCUUCCUAUCAAACUACUUUGCACACGGCCCAGUCCAAAGAGCACAGCGCCGAUGCCGAUUCAAAGCGCAUCAAAUCAAACAAAGUGCUCAUGCCCUCCUGUGCAACAGUAAGCUUCUCGGUCAAAGGCUGGCUACCAAGCGGCAUCAAAGUUGAAAGCUUGAACGUUGAUCAGAAGAGGAGUAAGGGAUUAGGGAGUGGGGUGACGCCGUAUAAAGGAGUGAAAUAUCUUUGUGUUAGUCGGAGGGGCGUGGAGUGUAGAUGCUAG